CACGGCCGCGUGGCACGCAGCUGCCAGACGGCCAGUCGGUGCUCGACGCGGCAGCGGCGCGGGCCAGACCAGAGCAGCGCGCCCGAGACGAGAGCAGUGCAGCGCGUCGGCGGCGCCGUGCGAGCGGCGUGCUCGUCUGUCGAUCGCCGGCCGGCGAUGGAGGAGGGCCGUGGCGGGCGCAGAUAGCAGUGUGUGUUCAGUGACGCCAAGAGCCGGCCGGCCGACCGCGCCGGCGGCCGCGGCAGGGCCAGUGACCGCCAACAGGCUGCCCGGGGGCGGCGGGCGGCGCCGGGCGGCGGAUGUAGCUGUGGAUAGCGCGGUCUCUCAGCGCGGCGGAGGCGGGUCCAGUGAGUGGCCGUGUGGUGGCCGUGUGUCUGUGUGCUGUGCCGAUUAGCACCCAGUCGUCAUGGCCGCCGGCACCGCUGCCGCGGACGAUGGAGACGACAUGGAGACGUCUGGCUCGCCAGCGAGCGGCCAGUCGUCCCCCGCCGAGGGGAACGGAGAGACCAUCGAGAUGUGUCGUCGCGGCUCGGAGGACCCCGAGGUCGCCGAGGUGCUGACUCGCCAGCCGGCUACGGCCAAGGAGCGGCUCCUGGCCGGCGCGCGGCGGGUGUUCCGCCUCAAGGAGCCGCCCCCACCAGAAACGGAGCGACGGAUACGGGCCAAUGACCUGGAAUACAACUCGCAGUUUCAGUAUGCGAACAACUUCAUCAAGACCUACAAGUACACGGUGCUGACGUUCUGGCCGCUGAACCUGUUCGAGCAGUUCCAGCGUCUGGCCAACUUCUACUUCGCGUGCCUGCUGGUGCUGCAGCUGAUCGGUCCCAUCAGCUCUCUGACGCCCAUCACCACCCUGCUGCCCUUGCUGGGAGUGCUGAGCGUCACCGCCGCCAAAGACGCCUACGAUGACUAUCAACGUCACCGGAACGACCGGCAAGUGAACAACCGCGUCUCUCUGGUGUUACGGCACGGUAAACUAACCCGUGAACAGUGGUCCAACGUGCGUGUGGGCGAUGUCAUCCGUAUGGAGAACGAUCAGUUUGUGGCUGCCGACCUGCUGCUGCUCUCCACUUCAGAGCCGAACGGACUCAGCUACAUCGAGACUGCCGAGCUGGAUGGUGAGACGAACCUCAAGUGUCGCCAGGCUCUACCAGCCACAGCCGAGCUCGGCCAGGAUGAAACGCUACUGGGCAAGUUCGACGGCAAGAUCAACUGCGAGCCGCCCAACAAUAACCUCAACAAGUUCGAGGGCACACUGGAGUGGAACGGAAAGAAGUUCGCGCUGGACAACGACAAGAUUCUGCUGCGGGGAUGUGUGCUGCGCAACACGCAGUGGUGCUACGGCGUGGUCAUCUUCGCCGGCCGUGACACCAAACUCAUGCAGAACUCCGGCAAAACAAAGUUCAAACGCACCAGCAUCGACCGGCUUCUCAAUGUCAUUAUUCUGGGGAUCGUGGGUUUCCUGCUACUGAUGUGCCUGUUUUGUACUAUUGCCUGCGGAAUCUGGGAGACUGUAACUGGUCAGUAUUUCCGCGUGUACCUGCCAUGGGACGCGCUGGCGCCCGAGGGAGCCACUGCGGGCGCCACGGUCACUGCGCUGCUCGUCUUCUUCUCGUAUGCCAUCGUACUCAACACCGUUGUGCCUAUAUCGUUGUAUGUCAGUGUAGAGGUGAUCCGGCUGAUGCAGAGCUUUCUCAUUAACUGGGACCUGGCUAUGUAUCACGAAAAGUCAGACACGCCGGCCAAGGCGCGCACCACCACACUGAACGAGGAGCUGGGACAGGUCCAGUACAUCUUCUCCGACAAGACCGGAACGCUGACGCAGAACAUCAUGGUAUUCAACAAGUGUUCGAUCGCGGGGAAAAACUAUGGCGACUUCAUCGAUCCAGUCAUCGGGGAGGUCAUUGAACCAACCGAGGACACCCAAGCGGUGGAUUUUUCCGCCAACGACAUGUACGAGCCGUCAUUCCGCUUCUUCGACCAGACGCUGCUGGAUGCCGUCAACAGCGGCGACGAGGACAGCCACAUGUUCUUCCGGCUGCUGUCGCUCUGUCACACCGUGAUGCCGGAGGAAAAGGAUGGUAAACUGAAGUACCAGGCGCAGUCUCCGGACGAGGACGCGCUGGUGUCUGCCGCGCGCAACUUCGGCUUUGUGUUCCUCUCCCGCACACCGUCCUCGAUCACGAUCCGCACGCCGCGCGGAGAGGAGGAGCACGAGGUGCUUUGCAUCCUCGACUUCAACAACGUCAGGAAGCGGAUGUCGGUGAUCCUGCGGCACGGCGGUAAAAUAAGGCUGUACUGCAAGGGAGCUGACAACAUCGUCUUCGAGAGACUGGGCAAUGUGGAGCCGGAGACGAAGGCGCGCACGGAGGAGCAUCUUCAGAAAUUCGCCGGCGAGGGCCUCCGAACGCUCGUGCUGGCGUACAAGGAGCUGGACGACGCGUACUUUGAGGAGUGGAAGAAGCGACACCACGAGGCUUCCGUCUCACUGGUGGAGCGCGAUGAAAAGCUGGACGCCUUGUUCGAGGAGAUCGAAAAGGAUCUAGUGCUGAUAGGUGCCACGGCUAUAGAGGACAAACUGCAGGACGGUGUGCCGCAGACGAUCGCCAACCUGAUUCUGGCCGGCAUCCGACUGUGGGUGCUCACGGGAGACAAACAGGAGACGGCCAUCAACAUCGGCUACUCGUGCCAGCUGCUGACGGACGACCUGCAGGACGUGUUCGUCGUCGAGGGCCACACCAUGCAGGAUGUUGAGGCCGAGCUGAACAGGUGUAUGGACGAUUUGAGUAGACCGUCGGCCGACGCCAAGGCGCACCAGCACAAACAGUCACUCUCAGUGGUGACGUUCAGCCGCCCCUACGUGUACGUGUCACCCCACAGAGGCGGCGCCGCCCCCACCUCGGUACGCUCGGCCGCCAGUGACGAGGGCUACGGACACGACACACCCGAGGAGGACCCGACGUCCAACGCCAGCGGCUCCGGGGGCUUCGCGCUCGUCAUCAACGGCCACUCGCUCAUCUGGGCGCUGACCAGCAAGCUGGAGCGUCUGUUCCUGGACGUGGCGUGCCAGUGCCAGGCGGUGAUCUGCUGCCGCGUCACGCCGCUGCAGAAGGCCCUGGUGGUCGACCUGGUGAAGAAACACAAGAAGGCGGUGACGCUCAGCAUUGGCGAUGGCGCCAACGAUGUGUCCAUGAUCAAAACGGCGCACAUCGGUGUCGGCAUCUCUGGCCAGGAGGGUCUGCAGGCCGUGCUGUCGUCCGACUACAGUAUCGCCCAGUUCCGCUACCUGGAGAGGCUGCUGCUGGUGCACGGCCGCUGGUCCUACUACCGCAUGUGCAAGUUCCUGCGCUACUUCUUCUACAAGAACUUCGCCUUCACGCUGUGCCACUUUUGGUACUCGUUCUUCUGCGGGUUUAGCGCCCAGACCGUCUACGACGUCUUCUUUAUUUCCACCUACAAUCUGUUUUAUACGUCGAUGCCCGUGCUGGCACUGGGCGUAUUCGACCAGGACGUGAACGCGGCCAACAGUCGCUCCUACCCCAAACUGUACACGCCCGGCGUGCGUUCGCUGGGCUUCAACAAACGCAUAUUCGUGGGCAGUAUGCUGCACGGCGCCGUCACGUCCCUCGUGCUGUUUAUGAUACCUCACGGCACCUACAAGGACGCCGUGUCACCCGAGGGCUACACCAUCUCCGAUCACCAGCUGUUCGGUGCCGUCGUGGCCACAGUGCUCGUGGUGGUGGUCACCAUGCAGAUUUGUCUGGACACGACAUACUGGACGUGGCUGAACCACCUCUGCGUCUGGGGCUCACUGUUCACCUACAUCCUGCUGCAGUUCUUCUAUAACUACGUGCUCGGAGGUGUCUACGUGGGCUCCCUGGCCAUGGCCAUGUCAGAGGCCAACUUCUGGUUCUGCACACUCCUCACGGUCAUCGUCCUGAUGGUUCCCGUGCUGGCGUGGCGCUUCUACUUUGUCGACCUGCACCCGACACUGGCCGACCUGGUGCGCGCCAAGCAGCGAGAGGACAAGGCACAGAAGCGGCGCAUGGACGAGUUCCAGCGGACGCCAUCGGCCCGGCGGCGCGGCCGCUCCGUGCGCUCCGGUUACGCGUUCGCGCACCAGGAGGGCUUCGGACGGCUCAUCACGUCGGGCAAGAUGAUGCGCCGGCCGCCGCCGCUGGCGUCGCUGUCCAUGUUCUCGCUGGGCAGGUCGGGGGCCAGCUCGCCGAGGGCGGACACCCAGGUGACGUUCUGCGCGGAGCCGAGCAGCGUCAGCAUGGGAGGCGGCCAUGGGGACCGGUGAGGGACGGCGGCGAUCGGCGCGGCCCCACACGGCCUCUGCGCGGCGCGCCCAGCCUCGGACCGCCUCAGCCUCUCAUCGAAACCGGUAUUUUUGUAGCUGUUUUGGGGGAGGGAGCGGGAGGGGCGCGGCGCGUGCCGGGUGCCGUGCCGCCGCCGCCUUGCGGUUCGUUUUCGAAGCUGUGGUUGUCUGUCGUGCCGCGCCGGCGCACAUAUCGGCUCUGCCUGUCACGUCGUGCCUGGGCUCUGUCCGCAAUAAGGGGGUGCAGCGGCACCGUGCCGCGUGCACGCCCGCUCCUGCCGCACGCACAAUGAGCAGUGACAGAGCCGUCUGUUACGAGCAGCCUUUGCCAUCGCCCCGUGUGAUGGAGAGCGACUUCACUGUGAUCUUGAGCAAGAACUUACGGGCGUACGAGUCCGCCUCGACCGAAUUUAUAAUAUCUUGGGACCGUGAUUCUUGGGGUCGAUUGGUGAUCAACCAUCCUGUUAGAGCGUGAUUUGGUAGAGCGGUCCUCGGACUGGGUAUGUGUAGAUGCACCGUGAUCGUUUCAUCGCUACUUUUGUUUGUGCUUUGUUGUGCUCGUGCUUUUUUCUGUGUUAUUUAUCAACGGGGAAUAAUUUCUCUGUCAUGGUAAUCGGCGAGACUCUAUUUUCGUACCAAAACUGGGUCGCUUCGAGGCCCGAUACAAGCUAAUCGAGAGAUAUACCGAAGGUUGUGUUCUGUUGCGUGCUGUACGUAGCGAGUGUCUGAAUACGCAGCCCGUUUUGGUGCCUUAUGUGUAAGCUGGCGAUGUAUGUGUUUCGGUUUGGUCGCGACGACUGCUGACAGCGUACAAGUUGUGUGAACUUGGUGCAUUCAAUCCGCGAACGGGCUGGUCGUGGUGUUUGGAGGUGUCACUCGUGGUAGCCAGUUGAGUUCAUUCUGUGUCUGUAUCAUUUACUCAUAUCACACCUUUGAAUUGUGCGCCGCACAUUGGCGUCCGUGUAUAUGCGUCUGUGACGUCAUUGUUUUGUUAACGUUUUACACUUGACGAAAUACACAAUCGCCUGGAAUUGAC